AUGAAAUUCGUCCAAUUAAAUAACAUAGCCAAAGUACCGGAGGUGAAUGCGUUUGAUCCACAGCAUAUUAUCCAAAUGUUCAUACACUACUCUCAAAUAGGACCGCCUGGUGUAGCGCCGUUCACACCAUUUUCUUUCUCAAUCGCUCACGCCCUCGCCGACCGAGUCAAAGGUUCCAAACUCUUAUUGAAAUCAAUGCAUGUUGGAACGAAAAUCAAGAUAGCCGUGCUAGAUGGUGCAGGCUUAGCGGCUGGAGUGCGUUUAAUUGACGAAUUCCAACACCAAAUCACGAGCGUUGUGCUUCCCUUGGACCCAGACCUAACCGACGUAGCUGAAUAUAUGAAUUGUCUAUUUUCACUUGUCAUGUCUGCUAUGCAAGUAAUCAGCACUCCAAUUGGUUACAUCAUACUGCGCAAAUCGGUUCCCUUCUUUCUUGCGCUAGCCGCUAAAUUUCCAGAGCUGUGGACAGAUGGCUUGUCUCUCCCGGUCCAAUACGCUCUCUCGCACUCAAGAUUCGAAAUACCCCACUUCGUAUUUUUCGACACGGUCACAGCUCUGGUCCUUGGAACUGUUCCACUCGUUCAUUACGAUAUUAGUCUACACCCCAUGGUCCAGCCGCCCGAACACUAUCACAUAGACUGGGCACACGGCUGUUCUCAUAUCGUGAUCACUCUCUUGGCAGUGACCAACUCCUGGAGAGCUGCUCGACUUCUCAGCCCCACGCACCCCAUUCCCACUCUUGACCAGCAACAGGAAUUCCUGGCUUGCUUGCAACAAUGGAACCCAUCCAUCACCUGCCACGAUGGUGAUCAAGCUGCGUCCGUGAUGGGUAGGCUGGCCGUCCAGGAGAUCUGGAGACACUCUGUAAUAGUAUACAUGUAUAUGGGUAUGUGUGGGGCUGACUCGGCCGACCCUCAAGUCGAAGCAUCAGUUCGCCAAAUUGCUCAGCUAUCUGCUACAAUCGAGGACGGUCACCCUUUAGAAGCACACAUGACUAUCCCCUGUAUAGUGGGGGCCGCUGCCGCACGCAAAGAGAAGCACCGUGCCGUCCUGCGAAAAAAGAUUGUAGCAUCAAGAGACCAGAAGGUCUGUCUCAUUAGGGGGGCAGACUUUGCGCUUGUACUUGACCAUUUAUGGCAUGGCGUUGGUGCUGGGGGACAACCGACGACAUGGGAGGACUAUGUCAAUUCACGAUUCAUAGUGUUACCGGUUGAUGUGUGA